CUUCGAACGAAAGGAUUACCAAAGUGAUACAAACGCAAUAUAAAUUAUUAAGAGUUUAAAACAAGAAUAUUUUACAGUCGAUAAACCUUAAAUUUCUAACAAAAAAUCUGUAUUAAAUUGAAUAGAAAAUAAUUAGUGUGACAAUGUUAUUUGGUUCUUGGCAGUUGAAAACAAUUGUCUAUGUUCUAUUUUUGGCUUCGUGUGUAGGUCAGGAACUAUUUCGCGCUUGUGAACGUGAUUAUUGUUAUGAACGUUCUGUCGAGAGCCGCAAAGAAGAUCCAAAUGAUUUAAGAAAGUGGUACCGUGAUAGCGGUGAAAGCAAAAGAUCUCUAGAACUCGUAAGAGAUGCAAAUCGUAUUGACAUUAAUGCUCUUGAUGAACGUAGUGAGGAUAAUCGUCGAAUAGAUCAAAAUCUAAAUGAACUCCGUCAACGCCAGAGCAAAAGUUAUGUACGUCGUGAAACUUUAAGGCGAUUAGAUGACCGAGAUCUUAUCAGGCGCUCAAAUGAGAACCGCGAUGAAACUAAACAAGAACGAACAGAACGUUUUGAUAAUUUAAGACGUUCUAAAAAUAACCGUGAAGAAGAUCGUGAAAGCAAACAGGAUAAUAUGGAAAAUCGAAACAACUUACGACGAUUGAACAAACUUGAAGCUCGAUAUGAUGCAAACGAACGUUCUGAAAAUAACCGUGAAAAACGUCUUGAAACUCUAAGAAAAUUUAAUGAACGUGAAGAUCAACGUGAUAUCAACAGACGCUCAGAAGUUACGCGCGAUACCCAAAGGAAACAUGAAUCAACUCAACGUUGUGAUGAAAAUAAACGAGAACGUUUAGAACGCUAUGAAAUCUCAAGAACUAGAAGACAUUCAGGGGACAAUCGUGCUGAAGGUGACAUUAGAAGGUAUGUUGGUGAACGUCAAUAUUCACCAAAGCGUCUUGAUGAAUCUCAACGUGAUAUUACCCGUUUAGACGACACUCGUUUUUCCGACGAACGUCUAGAUGAUAAUAAACGCGCACUAGUAGAGCGUGAUGAAUCAUUAAGACGACUCGAUAUCCGACAAUACCAACUUGGUGUUACCAGACGUACGGAAGAUAGCGAUGAACAACGUCAAAUUGACAAUCGUGAAACCCAUCAUAAUGUUGACAGACAAGUUGAUGAUACUCGUCAGUCUCGGCGUAUAGACGAACGUUUAUCCCAAAAGGAACAUGAAUUAACACUACAACGUGAUGGAAGUAAACGGGAGCGUGAAGAGCGCCAUGAACUUUUAAGACGACUAAAUGAGCGUGAAGCCCUACGAGAAAGUAAUAGGCUUUCAGAAAAUAACCAUGAACGAGUAGAUCGUGAUGAAUCCUUAAGACGACAUGAUGACCGCAGACAGGUUUUGCUUGAUGUUAGCAGACAGAUCCAUGAACAACGUCAAAUUGACAAUCGUGAAACCCAUCAUUCUGUUGCUAGGCUAGCAGAUAAUACUCUUCAGUCUCAACGCAUAGAUAAACGUGCCUCCCAAAGGAAACUUGAGUUAUCACAACGUCGUGAUGAAAACAAACUGGAACGUGAAGAACGCAAUGAAUUGUCAAGACGACUAAAUGAGCGUGACACCCACCGAGAAAUUAGCAGAUAUUUAAAAGACAACAAUGAAGAACGGGAAGAUCAACGUGACAUUAGAAGUCGUGGAGAUGCUACUCACGAAUCUCGUAGAACUUAUAGUGAUGUUGACAGACAUUCAGAUGUAAAUAUUGAUUCUCAAAGGGAACGUAUGGAACGCAGAUUUGAUGAUCGUCAGCAACAGCGUAAUGUUAUCAGACGUGAUGUACAACGUGAUGUUAACCGACAUUCAUAUGAUAUUCGUCAGUCUCGAAGAAUGGUUGAAAAGCAAAGAGAACGGCAAUCAGCACAACGUCGUGAUGUAAAUAAAAGUGAACAUGUAGAACGUUACGAAACUUUGAGGCAACUUGAUGACCGUGAAGAAAAACACGGUACCACCAGACGCUUAAAAGACACCCGUGAAUCUCGACGAUAUAAUGAGGAACUUUCACAGAAGGAACAAAGUGAUAUUAACAGACAUAUUGAUGAUACAUAUGAUAAUCAACGUAUAGAAUCACGAUAUUCUCGAGAAGAACGGGAAGCAAGGCAAGAUCGUCGCCAAAAUGAACAAGAACUAGUAAAAAGUCAUGAAUUUUUGGUGAGUGAAUCAUUACAAAAAGAAAAUAGACAUUUUGUAGACAAUCGCGCAGAACGUCAAGAAACUUUAAGACAAUUAAAUGAACGUGUUAGGUCAGAUACUCCUAAACGUCUACUCCAAACUAGACGUGAACAACAAGAAACUUUAAGACGACUUGAUGAGCGUCAAGCUUAUCGUGACAUCAGCAGGAGCUCGGAAGCUAACCGCGAAGACCGUCAAGAAUCUUUAAGACAAUUGGAUGAACAAUGUAUAGAUGAUAAAAGACGUGAAAGCAGUAGACGCUUGGAAGCCAACCGCGAAGAUCAACGUUAUAUCAACAGAAUUUCGAAAGACAAUCGUGAAGAACGUCAUGAAACUUUAUCACGAUUUGAUGAUCGUCCAACCGAACGAGCUGUAAGCAUGCGUUUAAAUGUUAUUCGUAAAUCUGAACGUGUCUCACAAAAGGAACGAGAACAAAUCGAAACCCGCGAAACCUUCAACAGAUUUGAUAAUCGUCAAACCGAGCGUGAAGUUACCAGACGUUCAAAAGACAUCGGUGAAGAUCGUCAAUUUAGACGAGAAGCUCAACGUGAUAUUAGGCAUUCAGAUAAUGAUACCCGUGAUUCUCCACGCACAGAUAAACGACUUUCUCUAAACGAACGUGAUUCAGUAUUUCGUCGUGAAGACAACAAUCGAGAACGAGUUGAAGCUCAACGAGAAGUAAAUCGACGCUUACAGGAACGACUUUCCCAAAGAGAACGAGAAGCUGAACGUCAAAGCGAAGAGCGAGAGCAUAGAAGAGAACGUGUGGAACGGCAAGAACAAAAAUUUCGUGUUUUCCAAAUGGAAUUUGAAAAUAGACGAAAUGAUGUUGUAGAACCUAAUACCGAGAGUACAUUUAUACUCAAACCAAAUAAUGAUAAUAACAAUCUACGUAAUUACCGCUAUAUCGAAGAUGACUAUACUGUGAAACCAACUGUUUUGCUCAAAAAGGUUUACUUGUUCUUGGGUCAAGGUAUGAUCUUGGCAUUUGUAAUUAUGAAAACUCUUAAUGGCAAAGAUGAUUUAAAAAACCAAUUACCCCAAAAACUACGUACGGCUGUUGAUAUGAUAAGUUUCUAAGGAAAUUAUUGGAAAAUGUACAAUUGAAAUUUUACUCAACUUGGCAAUGGAACAAAUACUGUAUAUAAUAUAUAUUAGAGAAAUCAAAGAUAUAAAACGUGUACCUAAAAGCAAGAUUAUUUUAUUUAUUUAUUAUGAAAAACUUAUAAAUUUAAUCCACAUACAAAUAAUUUUGUGAGCAACGAGUUUAACUAAUGCAAAAAUAGUGUAAAAUAUUAUUAUCGAAAUAUUUAUAUAUAAAUGUAUACUAAUAAAUAUGU